GCAACGUCCACGCUCUAAUAUUCGUAUACCAAUAUUUUUCAGCUUUCUUUGGCAUCGUCUGCGGCCCCCCCGCAGCACACAUUGAACCACGAUGCCAGCUCCGUUUUCUCGUCUCCAACUGGCUGCAGCCCUAAUCGAGUACGACAAUGAUAGUGAGGACCCAUCGAAGCCGCGACGCUCAGCGCAAGAGAGCGCUGUCUUCCUCCCUUUCCGCAACCGUCCCCUCCGGCCCCCUGCCCCAGAGCGCAGGAGCACCGACUAUCUCGGCGUGAACCUCCCGAGCGAGACUGGUAGCAUUGCGCCCCGUGAGUCUCUCGCAUGGGACCGCAAGUCGCGGGCCUCCAUCGAUGCACUCCGCAACCCAUUCGGGCGCGACUCGACGUAUGAUGGGCUGGAUAUGGAAGAGGAGGAGGAUGAUCUGGAGGUCGACCUCGCCUCCUGGGGCCUCGAUGCCCUCGUAGACAAGGACAAGGAGAAAGAGAAGGCCAAGCAGCGCAAGAGGACCAAGUCCGAGACCCUCACAGACAACCUCCCCAAUCCUUACGAGCGUGUCGGGCGGGCGGCCAAGCCGCAUGCGCGGACGCAGAGCAUGAAUUUGCUGAACGGGCUAGGAGACGGCGGUGCGUUCCUCGACUCAGCCCCCGGCACUCCUGCUCCCGCCCUCGGUCCCCGCAGGCACUCGAUAGGCGACCCCCUCGACGCGCCUUUGGCAUACUCGAACGAGCCCAUCCUGCCCCCGCGUGCCCGCAGCCCCUCCGUGCACGCACUCAUCGACAACCUCCCUCUCUCCGCCCCUCUGCACUCCGUCCCCUUCCCAUCCAGCGAGACUGUCCGCUCUCCCUCCCCCCAGGUCGGCGAGCGCAGCCGCACGCUCAGCCUCGGCUCCCGCGCCAUGAUGCUCAACGACGAGCCCGAGCACGACAACCCCUUCGCGGUUCGCCCGCCCUCGCCCAGCCGCAUGUCCCGCUUCGACCCCAAAGUGCAGCAACGCGCCCGCACGCUCUCGCACGGCACGAUGGCCACACAGAUGAUGCUCGACGACAUCGACCCCGAGCCCGACACCUACGCGCACGACCCGCGCCCGCCCCGCGAGCGCCGCUACUCCCGCAUCGAGCUCAUGCGCCCGAAAGUGCUCAUCAUGCCCAGCCCGCUCCAGAGCGCGCCGCGCCCCGAGCCGAAGCAGGACCUCCGCGCGACGGACGGCUUCGAGCUGUCCACGGACGGCCGGCCCCUGCCGUUCGGGGCCAAGGCCGCGCGCCGGUCGUCCGUCACGCUCUCCGUGCUCGAUCCCUCCUCGAGCCAUCUGGCAGGCGCGGCCCCGGUCGCGUCGAACUCGUUCACUCCCAAUCCUAGGAGCAGCCUGACGCUCUCGCAGCUGACGUUCCGCAACACGCUCCUUGUAGACGGGCAGCGGGACGUCGCGUACGCGGACAUCGAGGGGCGCCUGAAGCGCGCGACGGAGGACGGGCAGCAGAUCGAGGACGAGCCGGAGCCGGAGCCUGAGCCUGAGCCCCAGCCUGAGGUGCCGAUCGUGCAGGUCGAGGAGCCGACUGGGCCGAAGCGGCCUGCUGGUAAGUUGUACGGGAAGAGUCUGAUCGACGACCUUGAGGCUCGCAAGGCCCAGAUGCGUGGAAAGCAACGGGUAUUCCGCGGCGACGACCGGCCGUCGAUGAUGGCUCGCACACAAACCCAGCGGUCGAGCACGCUCAUCGCCCCGGACGAGCUGAAGCGGCCUGCAUCCCAGCAUCUGAACUCGUUCAACUCUGCUCCUGGUGCCCUCUCGCGUCGCAACUCCGCGAACGUGAAGACCCUGCUCGCUUUCGAGGACGAGAUCCCCGGAGCGCCCCGUCAAAGCCUCCAUCCUGGAGGUGGCGUCAUCAGCAGUACGCGCUCCGUGUUCGGGGUCGACACGCUCUGGGAGCGCGAGCUCGCGAAGCUCAAGGCCAUCGAGGAGCAAGAGCGUAAAGAGGCAGAGGAGCGCGCCCGCCGCGAGGCCGAAGAGGAGGCCAGAAAUCCCAAGAAGGGCAAAAAGAAGAAGGGCAAGGGCAAGGAAAAAGACGAGGCCCCCGUCACCCCUCAAUCAGGGCUCUCUCCGAGCCCCUCAUCUGCUCAGGUAGCCUCUCCAGCUCCAGGCGGAGUCUCAGUACCGGACGCGCCCCCCGUCCUGCCGGAUAUCCCGAGGGCGAUCGUGAGGCGCGCGCCUCCGCCCCCAGGUGACGACUCGGACGACUCGGACGACGACAGCGACGCGAGCGACGCGCCUGCGCCGCCUCGUGCACAGCAGGCCUCCGGGUGGCACUCGGACGAAGACGAGGGCCCUCGGCGGACAGCCGGCACAGGCCCGCGCUACCCCAUUUCAAGCUCAGGAGGGCCCCCGCGUCUACCGCAGAUCGCGCGGCCGGGCGACGACAGCAGCGAGGAGGACGUGCCGCUCGUCGCUACUAUCGGCCGCGCCGCGCAGAGGCUGCAGGCGCGCAGCACCGCCGGAGGAGACGACAGCUCGGACGAGGAGCAGCCGCUGUCCGUUCUGCUGGACAAGACGAAGCAGAAGCUCCCGUCCAUGUCCGUCAGUGGCGGCAGCCUCUCGCCGCGUUCGCCUGCCCUCCGUGCAGGCGCGGACGACGACGGAGACGACGAAGACGACAAGCCGCUCGGGCUCCGCGUCUCGCGCGCGUUUGGCACCUCCUUCAACCCCUCGAGCGCUCGCGGGGACGACGACGACGACGACGACAAGCCGCUGGCCCUACACCCGGACCAGGUGCGCAAGUCGCAGUUCUAUAUGGCGCAGGCGCAGCAGCAGAUGCUCGCGCAGGCGCAGAUGGCGCAGAUGGCGGCGGCCGCGCAACAGUCGAUGAUCUUUGGUGCGCCGUCGAUGAUGGGCUCGGGUUUCUUCGGGCCCCCCAUGGCAGCAGCCGCCCCAAUAAUGGCGUACCCCCAGCUGCCUCCAACUCCCCCGCCCAUGCAGGAUGCGGUCAAGUUGGGACGCGUUGACAAGUGGCGGCACGACGUUGCGGUCGAGGGCCAGCGGUGAUGUGGCAUGGCGUCGAGAUUUUGGGACGUUUGCUCCUCAUACCCUUCCAGGAGCUCGGAUCUUCCGUUCGGUUGGUAGGCCUGGCGUGGCCGUGGACUCUGGAUCCGUCAUCGAUAAUUCUCAUGUUUCUCUUCGUAUUCGUACCAUUGUGCGUUCUGUCUCGAAAACAAGCGUUGCUUUCCCCCGGCUGUCGUGAUCUCGUAGUGCACCCACCGUUAAUCUCCGUAUCCCUAUGCAUGCAUAUCCGUCGCAUUGACCUGGCCAUCAUUCAAAUU